UUGAAUUUGUAGGAUGAUAAAGUUAAAUAGAGUAAGGUCCAAUCGCAAAUCUAUUAAGUACGCAUAACACUUGAAUAUAGAAUGUUGCUUCGGCGAUGGUCGCCGUCGAAUCUCAUUCCUCCCUCAACCCUGAUUCCGCAGCGCCUCCUAAGCUCCAACCGAAACGACGACGUUCACAAAGUUUUCAGCAUAAUCAGCAGCAGCGCCACUGCGGAAGAAUUAGAAGAAUCCCUCAAAUCAAGCGGCGUUUUCCUCUCCAACGAAUUAAUCGACCAAGUCCUCAAAAGGGUUCGCUUCAGCCACGCCAACCCCUCCCAAACCCUAGAAUUUUUCCGUUACACCGGACGCAGAAAAGGUUUCUACCACACCGCCUUCUCCCUCGACACCAUGCUCUACGUCCUCGGCCGAAGCCGCAUGUUCUCGCACGUGUGGGACCUCUUAAGCGAAGCGCGUCGGAAAGACCAAUCGCUCAUAACCACGCGCACCCUCAUGGUCGUCUUGGGUAGAGUCGCCAAAGUUUGUUCCGUUAGACAAACUGUGGACUCGUUUAGAAGGUUCAGGAAGCUUGUCUCUGAGUUUGACACUAACUGUUUCAAUGCUUUGUUGAGAACUUUGUGCCAGGAGAAGAGCAUGACGGAUGCUAGAAAUGUUUAUCAUUGUUUGAAGCACGGGUUUCGCCCCAAUUUGCAAACUUUCAACAUUCUUCUUUCCGGCUGGAAGACCCCCGAGGACGCUGAGGGGUUCUUCAUGGAGAUGAGGGACAUGGGGGUGACGCCUGAUGUUGUUACGUAUAAUAGUUUGGUCGAUGUUUAUUGCAAGGGGAGGGAAAUUGAGAAGGCUUAUAAGGUGCUUGAUGAAAUGCGUGACCGGGAUUUGAAGCCUGAUGUGAUAACGUACACUUGUAUUAUUGGUGGGUUGGGGUUGAUUGGUCAGCCUGAUAAGGCUAGGGGUGUUUUGAAGGAGAUGAAGGAGUAUGGGUGUUACCCUGAUGUUGCGGCCUACAAUGCUGCCAUUCGGAACUUCUGCAUUGCGAAGAGGCUUGGUGAUGCUUAUGGUUUGGUGGAUGAGAUGGUCAUAAAGGGUUUGAGUCCAAAUGCGACUACUUACAAUUUGUUCUUUAGGGUGUUUUACUGGUCCAAUGAUUUGCAGAGCUCUUGGAGCUUGUACGAGAGGAUGAUGGUUGAGGGGUGUCUUCCGAACACGCAAUCUUGUAUGUUCUUGAUAAGGUUGUUUAGGAGGCACGAGAAGGUGGAGAUGGCGCUGCGGUUGUGGGGUGACAUGGUGGGGAAGGGUUUUGGGUCGUAUACUUUGGUUUCUGAUGUGCUGUUUGACUUGCUUUGUGAUAUGGGGAAGUUGGGGGAAGCAGAGAAGUGUUUCUUGGAGAUGAUUGAGAAGGGGCAGAAGCCGAGUAAUGUGUCGUUUAGGAGAAUCAAGGUGCUCAUGGAACUGGCAAACAGACAUGAGGCCCUUCAGAGUUUGACGCAGAAAAUGGCCGUGUUUGGGCGACCACUCCAAGUUCAUCCAAGUACGGAGAGCCCAACUGAAACACCAGGUUCUCUAUCUGCUCAUAGUUACAACUGAUGAUGGCAAAAUGAAAGGAAGCCAGGGGUCUUAAAGCUGUGGCAGAAGUUGUAGCAGACAUGACCCUUAGACCAGUUCUGCCUUUUAGAAUAAUUUGUGGAAUGUGUGCAAAAAUUCAAGAAAAAUAGCUCAGAUAAGAGGUAUUUAGGUGAGCCGGUAUAGCAAAAGAUUGAGCAUUCUAAAUAAUGGGAAGUUACUGGCUCCGCUGAGACUAAUCAGCAUCAGCAGUUUGCUUAAGUCACUAUCUAUACUUCCGGGAAUACAAUGCUCACAGGUUGAUAAACAUUUUGUGAAAUAGAACUGUUUGGAAGUGGUAAGCUUGCAUGUUACUGUCAUUCCAUUGGAAAUCUGUUUCUCUUCAAGCAUACAAUCAUGUUCGUCAGGACUAGAACUAGAAGGUCAAGCAUACAAUCAUAGUAUUGCGUAUUGACCUUUUGACAUUGGUUUUCCUUUCAAAACGUUUUAGAAGGUUUUCAUAAUGUUCGAAUUCGAUAGCUUUUUAUGAUCAACUUUCUCACCUGGAAAUUUCAAGGUUUGGAACCUUUCUUGUGGACCAAUAUGUGUAAAUAGUGUGGUCACUUGUCAUGGACCAUCUCAUACCAAGUACCUACAUAAAAAUUCCAGUGAUACUUGUCCUUUUUGUCGAAACCCUCCUGUGUACCUGGCUGUUUAAAUUAUGUCUCUCCAAGUCCAGAUCGAGUCUUUCUAUUGUUCCCUAACUGAACACAGUGAAAUGAAUCAAAGGAUAGUAUAUCCACUGCCAACUACUUUGAGGUAUCUUGAAGAUGGAUGAGGUGAUCAAGAGCUCGCAACUCAGUUGCCAUCUGAUACUAUUGAUUUCUUGGUGCUCAUCCCUAGUAUAUUUGGAAUAGGUUGUCAAAAAUUCCCCAAGCCAACCCUGAUUGUACAUUGGUUCAUUAUUUCAAUUGAUUAAAUCUUAGCUCAUUUUGUAAAAUUAAAUUUUCAAAUGUUCCAUUCAUCAAAUGGCUUAAUAAUAAUAAUAAUAAUUUAGUGUAA